UGUAAUUUAUAAAGGAAAUGUUUCGCGGUUUAGUAUUUAAUUUAAAUAUUAAAGUUGCACAGUUGAGAGGAGAAGGGAUCGAUUUUAAUAAAUACCUGAUCUUGAACAUGUAAUUUCGUGAACAAUGUUUAGAACCUAAUCUUAGUGACAGUAUUGAUAUGCUGAUGUAAUAUACAUGGAAAUACUUUCAUAUAGUUUUAUACACAAUGUACGUGUGCUACUUCCUAUCGUUAAAUGAACUAUAUAUCAGUCAUAUUUAAUACAAAGUUUACUUGCAUUAACAAAGUUAAGAAUGGAGUGCAGUAACAUAUAAAGGAUGAGAAAAUCGACGAUGGCAGCGUUCGUAUGGUUUAGGAAACUGUUCCCCAAGCAGCGGACAUUAAGCCAUCAAGACGUUCUUCCACUAUACCGGGAACCAGGCAUCUUAAGUGGAUACAGACAACCGGGGAAGCCUUGGCAUUACUAUAUAGCUAGUAUAUUCCAACUACAUAAUGAGACCGUUAACAUCUGGACACAUACAGUAGCUUGUUGCAUUUUUAUAUUUAGGCUAUAUGACAUUCUGCACACGUUUGAACUCAAAGCGGACUGUGAAGCCCUUCCAUUGGUUGCUUUUAGCGCAUGCGUGAUCAUUAGUACAUUUCUUAGCGUCGUUGCACAUACUUUUCUUUCCAAGUCGCCACUAUGUCAUUAUGUGUGUUUACUGAUGGAUUACGCUGGUGUAGGAAUAUACGGAUUAGGCAAAUGUAUUUUAUUCUUCUUCAUUUCCAGUCCUCAUGAUAUUUAUAAAUAUUUGGAUUGGAUCUAUCUCCCUUAUAAUGUCUUUCUAUCCUGGGUUGUAAUGACAGGUUGCUGUGUCGCAAAACUGUUUUACAAACGGCCUUAUCCAUUUCAGAGGAGAUUAAUUCAGCUAGGCGCAGGAGGCUUGCAUGCAGUGUUUGGUGGUAUACCAAUGACCUUACGUUUCAUGUAUUGUAUCAGUGAUCCUGGUUGUGAGAUAAGCUCAUUGGCCCAUCACCUCUCAUGGAUUGUCACUAUGAUUAUUUCACUUUUCUUUUUCUCCAGUCAUCUACCUGAAAAGAAAUUCCCAGGGUUGUUUGACUAUUUUGGUCAAGGACACAGUUUAUUUCAUGUAAUAAUUUCUUACACAGUUUUGCUGCAGUACCGAUCUGCCCAUCAUGAUAUUAUACACCGUGAUGUUAAAAAGUGGUCAUGUCAAGAAACUAAUGGCGUCACUAUUUUUGCAGCAAUUAUUUUGUAUUGUAUUGGCUGUAUUGUUAUCAUACUCUUCUUAAGAAAAUACGUAAGAAAGAGAAUAGAAAGUGAUGAAAAACACCAAAAUUAAACCAGUUUCUGCACAACCAAAAACGAGUUUUCUUGUGUUUUAUUAAGCUUACUCAAGAUCAUCGAUGAUAUUGCAGUUGGGAAAUUGUAUAAAUUUUGUUGUAAUUUGACAAAAAUUUCAUUCUCCGUUUCUUUGACGUUAAAUGCUCUGAUCUACAUAAAUGCAUCAGUUACAAUUCAAUACACCUGGGAAAUAACCAUACGCUGAGAAAUACGUAAACUCCACAAUUCCAGCGUUUUUCCAAAAAAAAAAAAAAAAACAAAGGAAGAAGAAAGCAAUUUCGGUAAAAAUGGUAUUUGCAUCGUAUAUGAAUUAAAUAAAUUCGUCGUUCUUCACAAAAAGACAUACAUGUAUAUGGUGAAUCUAUUUUUCCGAAUUGCCGUUGGGACAUAGAUUCUUUCACUAGGCUACCUUUCAUCUCAGACACCUUAUCAAAGGAAAAAAAGCAAAGACAUGUAACGAAUAUUUAAAAAAAAAAAAAUACGCAGUGAGGAACAGAUGGAUUUGCACAGUUAACACAACACAUUGAUAUUUUUGUCACAAUGAUCUUGAAAGCUAUUCGACAGCUGUUAAGCUACAUAAUAUAAGGUAUAGUCGCAAUAUCAAUGAAACUUUAGAAAACAUGUGAUAUAAUGUCUAUAUGAUUCACAACAUUUAGUACUAUGUUUAUCUUUUGUUAAUCAUGGAUGUUUAUUUGCCCCAAGUCGAGUAGACAAAAGGAAUAGUGCAUUUCAGUUUUGGACUCAUUACGAAGUGCUGUGAUUCUUAAAUAACUUAAAAAAAUCGACUGCCUAGCUGAUUCCUCUUGUAGAAAGGAUAUAAUAAUCACAUUUUUCAAGUUAAGUUGUGUGCUUAAAAUGUUUCAGUUUACUUGUGAUUAUUUCUUUUUUUUUUCAUUUCCAAACGAUAAUAGGCAUCUGUCUCUGUUGCUACAACAAAUGAUAUGUUUUACCACCAACAGUACAAACAUUUUUAUGGACGUUUAAACAGGCCGUAUCCUUUGAUCGGAUGGAUCGGUAGGUUUCAUCAAAUAUAGUUCAUAUGGAACUUUAAAUCAAUGUUUGAAAAUAUAGGUCUUACGUCCAUCUGAAAGGAGACAUCGAUCGUGAUCAAUAAUGAAUACAUUCUAUCGGGUAAAUCAAUUCAUUAAUAAAUUAAAAUCUUUGCCUCUAAUUGAAGCUCAUAAAUACGUAAUAAGUUAUAACCACACAUACCUCGUCACGGUGUCUCGUUUUCAGACCAUAUAGUUUUUACAAGAGGGUAUGAGGAAGUAGGGUGAAACUGACUUAAUAACACAGAAACGGAUGGUCUGCUGGGAUUAUCUGGAAGCUUUCUGUGAUGAUUAGGGUAACGUUGUAGUAAUAUGAGUUUAACAGCUUUCAGACGGGUAACAUUCAAAGAAACCGAAUGGCAGGAACUACUUUUCCAAGCGCAAUCAUUCGGAAAUCAUCAUGAUAUUCCGGUUAUAUACAGGGAGCCUGGUAUACUUACGGGAUAUAGACUUCCGGGAAUGUCGUGGCUGUACUAUGUUGUGAGCGUAUUGCAGUUUCAUAAUGAGACAAUUAAUAUUUGGACACAUACAAUAGCAACAGUCAUUUUCAUACAAAAAAUCUUAUAUAUUCUAGAAACAACUGAUGUUCAAACUGAUUGCGAGGCAUUGCCAUUGAUUUUCUUUGCCGUUUGCGUAUCUACAAACUCGUUUCUGAGUGCGUUUGCGCAUACUUUUCAUUCGAAGUCGCCAUUCUGCCACUACAUCUGCUUUUUGCUCGAUUACGCGGGAGUUGGGUUUUACAGUUUAGGCCAAGGCAUAUUAUUUCUUUACAUUUUAUGUCCCAACAACGUGUAUGAAUAUUUGGAACGGACAUCACUACCCGUGAAUGUGUGUUUAUCGUGGGUGGUAACGUUAGGCGGUUGCUUAUCUAAACUUCUUUACAGGCGCCCUUAUCCGUUCAAACGACGACUGAUUCAACUUGCCUCAGGAUGUAUCCACGCCUCUUUCGCUAGCAUACCUCUUGUUUCAAGAUUAAUCUAUUGCUUUAUUGACAAAGAUUGCAAAAUUAGUACCUUUUGCAGUCAUUUUCUAUGGAUGGCAACUAUGGUAUUAUGUCUGUUUUUCUUCUCCAGUCAUUUGCCAGAAAAGAGAGCCCCAGGAAAGUUUGAUUUUAUUGGGCAGGGUCAUCAGUUGUUUCAUGUAUUCCAGGCAGUUACAGCACUUCUACAAUUCAAGGCUGCCCAAGAAGAUGGUAGACUGAAUAAUGGCGGAUCAGCCUGGUCAUGCCACUACGUUAAUGGAAAGGACCUUGUAUCUGCCGUGACAGUGUACGCUUUUGGGUGUAUUAUGAUUAUUUUACUGAUGGUGAAACUUGUAAGAGAGAGAAUAGAAUCUGAUCAAAAGUCCGCUUGAAAAAAAUUAUUAAACUUGUCAACGUACCACUAAAUAUCGUAUAAUGUUGUAGACUGCGCGUAACUGGACAUUAACAAAAUGCAGAUAAACGCUCCCGGGUAUAUAAGCGACAAUGUUAUAAACAGAAAUAUAUUAUAUGGCAACUAUAUCGGUGUGGCUCUAAACCUAACCAAAAACAAAAAUGGAAAUACACUAUUUUUAGCUUAUCAUGCUUCGAACAUGUUCCAUCGAAAUCAAGAAUAAACAUUAUGAAGUAAUCACCAUAUAUCAUCCUGAUAUCACCAUGGAAACACGAGUUGUUCAUGAAUCCGCCAUCUGCGACAUCUACCUCUGGCGACCCAGUACUUACCUCCGACAAAACUGGGUGUAGCUCCGGCUGUUGAUAGUUCAGCAUAUAAAGAGGACACAUGCGAACAACCGCGACCAUAUUUAUUAUAGCUGACGCUGGCUAAGUGUGAUGGUGGUCUACUCCAUCCGACAGUCUCGUUAUGCAACUGAACACAACGGACAAGCUUCAGACAAGUCUGCGUGGAAAAUUCAUGGAGAUUAUUUUAUCACCAGUAACUUUACUAUUCUCCACAAUUAGAAAUAAAAUGAUUUCUACGAAUUUUCUAUGAAAGAUUCUUUACAAUGAACUAGUGUAGAUAUAUCCAUGUAAAGAUUGGAGAAAGCUUUCUUCAUUCCGACGAAAAGUUUCAAUAGUAUAUACAAAAUAUAAAUGUUGGCGGACGACGAUGGAGUCUACAUCUAAAAUAACAGCUGGAGUGCUUUAGUAUAACCGACCUGCAACUACGAGGCAUGUCGUGAAUACAAAGAAAAAUUGCAGUAUCAUGUAAAAAAUGUGACCUAUCUCUAAUAAUACAUUUAUACAUUUUCAGGAACACCUUAUAGCAGUGACUUUUAUUCUGAAGAUUUAGUUUAGGACCACGUUUUAUAUAGUAUAGUCCUUAACUACACGUAUUUAAUUUCACUACAUGUAUAUGUUUUGUAUAUAGAAAGAAAACAAGUUUUCCCUGAAUAAGGGUGUUUUAUAUCCUAAUUACUAAUAUUUAGAAAUGACUUUAAGUAAACCCACUCUAACUUUAGAAUUAUUCCGAUUUGAAAUCUAGUGCAUUAUUGCUAUAUUUUUAAUGACGCUUUCAAAGCCUAUUGCAAUUAGAGAAACCGUUAGCGAACAGCAUGGAUCCUGACCAGGCUAGUCUGGAUCCAUGCUGGUCGCAAACUCACUAUGUUAGUUUUCUCAUGGUGCGGCUCAUUUUAUAGGCGUUCUUGUGAUAACCAAGUUAUUUGUGAUGUUCUUGUAAUUUUUCAUCAGCAUGGUUAUGUGGAUUUUACAUUUGUGCAAUAUUUAUAUUAUGUUGUGUAUUUAUAUACGAGAGAUUAAAAUAUAUAUA